UUUCAUUUGAUUUAGAUAAAAACGUGCUUCAUAGCAGAAGUACUGUUUUACUUUCAGUCUCCCGAAUCCGAAUACUGUAGGAUAGUAUGAAACUAAGCUAACUCAAAUAAUUAAAAUUUGUAAUGUUUUUGACGGUGGACGGGUUGUUAAAAGGCAAACUACAUGAACAGAAAAUGAAGUCGAGCGAGGAACCAGUAAUUCUGACGGAAAAGAGGGCGUUGUUCCAGAAGGCAUUGGAUUUGACUUCUAAAUUUAAAGCCAGCGUUUUCAUCAUUGUCUCAGAAAUUGAUAAUCCAUCUGAAUAUUGGGGAAGUGUGGAUUUUGUCAAGGAUUUUCAAACCACAGGACUGAAAGUCAGGUCACAUGAUGUUGAAAUAUUUCCAGUAAUGUCAAGUGAUAUUUAUCUAGAUUCAAAUACUACAUUGCAUUCCACACUCACCUCUGAGGACCAUCAAGAGACUUACAAGGGUAUGGAAUCAGAUGACACAGAAAGAAAAAUCUCCAUUCAUGGAAAUAAUUUAAAUGAGUUGGAGUCCACUCUCUUUAUGAAGAGUGAUGACAGUUCAACUGAAGUUUCUCUGCUGGAAGAAAGUGAUGGUGCAAAUUCUGAUGACACGAAUGUAGAAGCCAGUGAUGUUGCCAUGGUGACAAGCGAGUCAGAAUCCGAAAGUGUGAAUGUAAAGGAGAAGGAGAAAGAUUUGGGGGAAAUAUUUGAAAAUGAAGAUUUGCUUGAUUCAGUGUCAAUUCAAAACAAAAAAGUAGAAAAUAAUGAUAACAAUGCUGGAAGUUCAAUUACCAGUCACAAACAAGUAUCCAGAAAAUUGACAAUUGAGGAGCGUGUCUCCCGGAUAAGUAGGUUAUUUCAAGAAUCGUACAAAUCAAAGCCAUUUUCAUGUGACAAAUGUGACCAGCAUAGAAAAACAUAUGAAUGUGAAAUCUGCAACCGAAAAUUUGCAGCUGCAAUCAAUGUAAAACAACACAUUAAACGAGACCACACUAAAGAAGGUCUGCUUAAGUGUCCCACUUGUCAGAAAGGUUUUCUGUCAAAUUAUGAACUUGGCUAUCAUCUGGCAUCUGUGCAUUCUCAGUUUGAUGAACUUCUACCUUGCAAGCAUUGCGGUAAAACAUUCACCCAUGAAAAUAACCUUAGAGCCCAUGUAAGAACCCAGCACAUGUCAACACCAGUACAGUGUGAGGUCUGCAGCAAACAGUUUAGAAAUAAGGCUCAACUUAAAGGACACCUUGCAGUGCACUCUGACAAGAAAGAGGAAUGUCCAAUUUGUCAUAAACUCUUUACUUUAAGGUACACUCUGAAAAAACACAUGAUGGUUCAUUCUGAUGAGAAACCAUGGCAAUGUCAUGUGUGUGGCUACAGGUGUAAGUUGAGAGAAAAUCUUGGAAAACACAUGAGAGUUCAUCAAAAAGACAAUUCUUGCUAG